CCGCAGUUGUCCGUGUGCUUGAUAAGGCUCCUAGUACUUAAAUGUGAUCUCCAUCAGAGGUCAAUAGUCAGUGAUCACACAUAGCCAUGAAGUUCCUCAUCGUCACCGCCUGCCUGGCAGCAUAUGUUGUAUUCGUGAUAAGUGAGCGUUGCCAUGAACAUGACGAUCUAGAGGCGGUGUGUGUACUGACAGCCUGCAACGGCAACAACACCAAAAUGAUUUGUGAACAUGAUGAGUGCACGUGUGCUGUUGAUACUGAUAUAACUUGUCAACAGAAAUCAGAUUGUGAACAUUUACCGUCCGACUGUGAUGAACACGGACCACACCACCCACCUCACCACCGAAGGGCCCCUCCCAAGCCUGGCAUGGAAUGGCAUUGUUUGGACAGUCGCUGUAAAUGUUUCUAGAGUACUCUACAAUGUAUAUGCUACUUGGGUACUUUGGGUUUUGGAAGAAAUAAAAACGUCAUUUGUU